AUGGUGGGCGGGUCGCUAUUUUUCCCCGAUCCGUCAACCCCGCUGUCAGCAUCGCCGCCGGAUCCUUACUCCUCGCGCCUCUUUGGCCGAUCGGCCGCCACGGGAGCUUAUGCGAACGCUAACGUUGGAUCGCCGUACAAUCGAUCGCCCGCGAUCCCCGUUUCUUUCCCGCCGGACGAUCCCUCGGCUGCUUCGCCGUUCUCGAGAGAUUACGGCCAAUAUGGAGCUCCCAGCGCAACAGGCCUGUUCGGCCCUCCUCCCACCGCCACGCCCGGCGGUAACGGCUACAUGGAUCGCGGGUUGUCGUCCCGCUCCCCCACCUUCUCUCACUUCCCCUCCGCCACCCCCCUCGCGGACUUCCGCCGCGCAGCUCCGCCGUCCACGUCGCUCCUAUACCACGACUUGCGCGCCACGCCGGGGGGGGGAAGCAGGGGGAGUCCAAUUGCCAUCGCGCGCGGGUCCCCCGUGCAGAAAACCCCGCUACAGGAAGCCCCGCUUCAGGGACGCCCGGUAUUGGUUACUAUGACGGUCGCAGCGGGUCUCCGCAGACUCCGGUCGUUUUCACACUUGUCCUUACUCCCCCUCUUCUGUGUGCCUGUGUGUUUCUCUCCCUCGUCUCCCUCCGCAUCUCCCUCCGCAUCUCCCUCCGCGUCUCCCUCCGCGUCUCCCUCCGCGUCCCCCUCCGCGUGUCUCUCCGCGGGUGCGCGCAGUUUCCUCCCGGAGGAGCUACCGCUGGUGCUGCGGGAGUUGGAGGGGUGCGGGCGAGUGGUGGAGCACGUGCCGUGCCCCGGACGCGGCAAUUGGGUGAAUCUCAGGUUCCAGACAGCAGCGGAGGCACAGAGGGCGCUGGGGCGGUCGGGGCAGCAGAUCUCUGCAGGCACCAUCAUCGGUGUGAAGCUCAUGCAGGGGGAGGGCAGCAGCACAAGCUCCCCCCUUUCAGCACCCGCCUCUCCCCCACCCACCACCUCUUCCUCUGUCCUCUUCUCCACGCGCCCUCCUCCUGCCAUGUCGGGUGCUCCAGUCGCUGUGCCACAGCCUCAAUCCCGCACUACAGACCCUGCUCGCACGACCUCCUUUUUGCCAGGCGCAAGUACUACUUUCGGAUACCACUCUGUUCUUGCUGUUCCCUUCACAACUGCUGCUGCUGGUGCCGAUGCCGGUGCGCCAGGGGGUGUUGCGGCUGCUUCAGGGGUUGCGUCUGUGUGGCGGGGUGGCGGGCUGUUUGCUGCUACUCCAGUCCCGGCACAGCGAGGGCAGCAGCAUAGUACUAUGGAUGGGCACGGUGCUGCAGUGCCUAUCGCCUCUGCGAAUCAGUCUGUGUGGCAGAGGUUGGUGGAUGUGGUGUAUGGGCUCUAA